CCCCGGUCGCCCGGGCAGCGGCGGCGGCGGCGGAGGCGCUUGCACCCCCAGCCCCGGCGGGCCCUGGCCGAGCAGCGGGCACAGGUCCCAGGAAGGUGGCGUCAGCAUCUGCAGCCGCGUCGACGUUGUCGGAGCCUCCGCGGAGGACCCAGGAGAGCUGGACUAGGACCAGGGCCCUGGGCCUCCCCAUGGAGAAGUCCGCUGCCUCAACAGAGCCCCAAGGGCCUCGGCCAGUCCUGGGCCGCGAUAGCGUCCAGGUGCCCGACGACCAGGACUUCCGCAGUUUCCGGUCGGAGUGUGAGGCCGAGGAGGGCUGGAAUCUGACCUACAGCAAGGCCGGCGUGUCUGUGUGGGUGCAGGCUGUGGAGAUGGAUCGGACCCUGCACAAGAUCAAGUGCCGGAUGGAAUGCCGAGACGUGCCAGCCGAGACGCUCUAUGACGUGCUCCACGACAUUGAGUAUCGAAAGAAGUGGGACAGCAACGUCAUUGAGACCUUCGACAUCGCCCGCCUGACAGUCAAUGCUGACGUGGGCUAUUACUCUUGGAGGUGUCCAAAGCCCCUGAAGAACCGUGAUGUCAUCACCCUCCGCUCCUGGCUCCCCAUGGGCACUGACUACAUCAUUAUGAACUACUCAGUCAAACACCCCAAAUACCCGCCUCGGAAAGACUUGGUCCGAGCUGUGUCCAUCCAGACGGGCUACCUCAUCCAGAGCACGGGGCCCAAGAGCUGCGUCAUCACCUACCUGGCCCAGGUGGACCCCAAAGGCUCCUUACCCAAGUGGGUAGUGAAUAAAUCUUCUCAGUUCCUGGCUCCCAAGGCCAUGAAGAAGAUGUACAAGGCAUGCGUCAAGUACCCGGAGUGGAAGCAGAAGCAUCAGCCGCACUUCAAGCCGUGGCUACACCCAGAGCAGAGCCCGUUGCCGAGCCUGGCGCUGUCGGAGCUCUCCGUGCAGCACGCGGACUCGCUGGAGAACAUCGAUGAGAGCGCUGUGACAGAGAGCCGGGAGGAGCGCUUGGGGGGCGCAGGCGGCGAGGGCAGCGAUGACGACACCUCGCUUACCUGAGCGUGGCACCACCGCAGGGACCAAGACAAGAUGGAGUGGGGCCAGGGUGGCGGAUCCUCCCGCGCUUUCUCCCCUCCCCCACCCCUGCGCCUCCUAGGGACGCUGGGCUCCUGCCCAGGCUGGCGUUGCGGCCUGGCUGGACACAGCCCCAAUAAAUGAUCCCACAGCCUCAA